AUGGCUGAAGAUGCGACAGCCAAGCUAGGCGAUGUUCAAAUUGAUGAAGAUACUGAAACUCAACGUAUUGAUCCAUGGACUGUAUCGGCUUCCAAAGCUGUAAAUUACGAUAAACUGAUCGCGGAAUUUGGUUCUAAUAAGAUUGACAGCGCUUUAAUAGAACGAUUUGAGCGCGUAACUGGACGUAAAUCUCACGUAUUCUUACGCCGUGGCCUAUUUUUCUCUCAUAGGGAAUUAGAUCAAAUUUUAACAUUACAUGAAAAUAAAAAGCCUUUCUAUCUAUAUACUGGACGUGGACCAUCAUCUGGAGCUCUCCAUAUUGGCCACUUAAUUCCCUUUCUAUUUACAAAGUGGUUACAAGAAGCUUUUGAUGUUCCCUUAAUUGUACAAAUGACUGACGACGAAAAGUUUCUGUGGAGAGAUAUAUCACUAGAUGAAUUAGAAAAAAUAACAAUCAGCAACAUUAAAGAUAUCCUGGCUUGUGGAUUCGAUAUUGAGAAGACUUUUAUAUUUUCUGAUCUUGACAUAAUGGCACAAAGCCGGGCUUUUAACAGAACCGUUUUGAAAGUACGGAAAUGCAUUACAUUCAACCAGGUUAAAGGAAUUUUUGGAUUUGGAGAGUCAGAUAACAUCGGCAAGAUUUCAUUUCCUGCGAUUCAAGCUACACCUUCAUUUUCUGCAUCAUUUCCACAAAUCUUUGGAAAUGCAAAGAAUGUAAAGUGUUUAAUCCCAUGCGCAAUUGAUCAGGAUCCAUACUUCCGCAUGACUCGAGACGUUGCUCCUAGACUAGGAUUUGUAAAACCUGCUCUAAUUCAUUCACAGUUCUUACCAGCGCUGCAAGGCGCUCAGACCAAAAUGAGCGCUAGUGACCUAAACUCUUCAAUCUAUCUUUCUGAUACUCCGAACAUGAUCAAAAAGAAGAUAAAUAAGUAUGCAUAUUCCGGUGGCCGAGAUACGAUCGAAGAGCAUAGAAAAUAUGGAGGAGAUUGUUCAGUUGAUAUUUCAUAUCAAUUUUUAAAAUUUUUCUUAGAAGAUGAUGACGAAUUAGCAAAAAUUGAAAAGGAAUAUUCAUCUGGUGAGAUGCUUUCAGGAGAAUUAAAAAAGCGUUUAAUUCAAAUAUUGCAAGGAAUUGUAAAAACUCAUCAAGAGAAGCGGUCACAAAUUACGGAUGAUAUCGCACGUGAAUUUAUGAGACCAAGAAAGUUAAAAUAUACCUACUAA